UCCAUUGGACCAGAGGGACCACUACUAUAAACAUACGGAGAGAGUCCCUGCGAGAGAAGGAGGAAACCACGUCGUUGUUAUUCACGGCCAAGUUUGGGACCUUUGUGACUACUUUUUAUGCUUUUUGAGCUUCGUGAAAAACUCUUAAAAAUCCGACUGGAAACUCUGCAGUUGAAGUGGCUACGAACUGAGCUCGCUACUUUUUUGUUCUGAAAGUUGCGCUCAUAUGAAUCCAGAGUCUCCCGAGAUUUUCUUUUUUUCAAAAGGGAACUUAAAAGUCUGCAGGAGGAUUAUCUUUUAGCUGUGAGGUUCAACGCCGUCGAGUAAAGAGGGGUUUCAUCAGGAUCAGAGAGGCAUGUAGCGCAGGAUCGAGGCACCCGUUCUUCCUCCCUCCUCUCCUCCUCAUCCUCCUCCUCCUCCACUCAGGACAUCAUUGGGAAUGGGCCAGCACCUUGCCAGGGUGCAUCUUUCCACCCGGUGGUGUGGCCGGCGUCGUGCGAGAGUGAGGAGGGCACCAGCCAGGUCAUAGAAACCCGCCCACCUCCCCUUGUCUCUUCGCUUGCUUGGACUUUGACUUCUGACCCUUUGACUCUGCCGCGACCCUCCAGCCAGACAUGCCCUUCCGGCUGAAGCUGCGGCGCACACGGCGCUACAAUGUCUUGAGCAAGAACUACUUUGUGACACGGAUUCGCCUGCUGGACAGCAACGUGAUUGAAUGCACUUUGUCGGUGGAGAGUACGGGACAGGAAUGUCUGGAGGCGGUGGCACAAAGGCUGGAGCUACGCGAGACCCAUUACUUUGGACUAUGGUUCCAAGGAAAGGCCCAGAUCCCAGCCCAGCGCUGGGUGGAGCUAGAGAAACCCCUGAAGAAGCAGCUGGACAAGUUUGGCAACGAGCCACUGCUCUUCUUUGGAGUUAUGUUCUACGUGCCCAAUGUUUCCCGACUGGAGCAGGAAGCCACCAGGUAUCAGUAUUACCUGCAGGUGAAGAAGGAGGUGUUGGAUGGACGUCUCCACUGCACGGUUGAGCAGGGGAUCAGACUAGCUGGCCUAGCAGUACAAGCUGACUUUGGAGACUUCACUCAGUUCAUGUCUCAGGACUUCCUCAGGGAGUACGUACUUUUCCCAGUGAACUGGCCAAAUGGAGACGAAGUGCUAGAAGAGUGGACCGGGAAAGUUGCUGAAGAGCACAAGAGUCACUGUCGAAUGCAGGCCGCUGAAGCAGAGCUGCUGUACAUCAAGGAAGUGGAGAAGCUGGAUGGAUUUGGCCAGGAGAGUUUUCCAGCCAAGGACAACUACACCAAUGAUAUUUUCAUUGGUGUGUCAUUCAUCGGGGUGUUCGUGAAGCACAGAAACGGCAGAUCCAUCAUGCUCCACAAGUGGAAGGACAUUGGCACCAUAGCGCACAACAAGUCGGCCAUCACGGUUGAGAUAACAAGCCGAGACGACACCAUAAUUUUUCACACAGAGGAUAUGGAAAUGGCAAAGUACAUCGCUCGGCUUUUCACGGCCAGGCACAAAUUCUAUAAACAGAACAAGAUCUGUGCGGAGCCCACUCAUUCACCUGCACCAAUCAGGAGGAGACCCACCUGGACCCACCGCCUCUCUCUGCCACGGCCCCAGUCCUGUAACUUCCAGUCAAUGCAUUCCCAGUAUGGAGAGCAUUAUCAGGACACACAAAGCUCCCAAGACAGUAUAUUCCACGACGACCCCUACUACAAGUCGGAGACCAGCCUGGACCGCUGCCAGGUGGACUUCCCCUUCAGAAACGGCACAGUGCCAAACGGCAGCAUGUACAGCAGCCCCAGCCUGAGCUCUCUCAAUCACUCCCAGACUUUUGUCCCUCCCUCCCCCAUGUCUUCCAACCUCAGCAUCCCCGGCAGUGAGCUCAUGCGGCCUGACUACAUCCCCAGCCACCGCCACAGCGCAAUCAUUGCUCCGUCCUACCGGCCCACACCUGAGUACGAUGCCGUCAUGCGGCAGAAGCGUCGCAUGCUUCCUGCUCACCAUGACCUCCACAGCCAAUCGCUGCGCAGCCUGAACAUCAGUAAUGCCUGUGCAUACCGGCAGCCGGAGGCUCUGGUGUACAGCCAGCCAGAGAUGAGGGAGAGGGGCCCUUAUCAUGGCCUGGGGCCAAGCCCGGGGCCGUACACACCACAGAUCAGCUACAGCAAGCCAGUGUCCCACGGCCCUCAUCAGGGUGGACCUGCCAGCAGCCAGGGCCCCUGUCACUCCCCCUGCGUCAACGGAGGCAGCGGGGUGGUCGGAGGAGUAGGCAGCUCCAUCUCUCACACUGUCAGCACACCGGAGCUGGCGAAUACCAAACAGCAGGGGGCCAAUGUGGGGAGCUACGCAGCCACAGCUAACAUGCUACGUAACCACAUGUCCCGCCCUCCUCCACCUUAUCCUUCCAGCUCCUUCCGCCCGGCUACAAGCACCCCGGACCUGGCCAGCCACCGCCACCGCUGCAUUGGGGGCAGCAGCCCGGAGCUGGUGACCCGCAUGGUGCAGCUGUCUGUGAAGACCUUCCAGCCUGACAGCUCAGCUGUGGUGCACCAGUCCCUGCAGGAGGUCAGCGAACCGUUAACUGCGGCCGCCAAGCACCGCUCCACCCUGGGGAAGAGACACAGCAUGGAGGUGAUCAGCAGCAUGAGGGGAGGUGGAGGAGGAGGGAUGGAGGGCAUAGUGGUGAAGGGUAUGAAUGCACCACUUCAUCGGAGGAACACUCUCAGAGAACAUGUUAUGCCCCCUCAGACUCAAUCCAUUCCUCAGCCCCAACCCCAAACCCCUCAGCCUCCACCUCAGUCUCAAGCUCCACCUCCACCUCAGCAGCCACAGGACCUGCCCAUACAGAUUCCUCAGCAGAAAUCCUCUGAGGCUUCUGCGGUGCCACCUGGACCUGUGGCCUACCAGCAUCAAAAGACUCUCUCCAAUGCCACUAUGCUUAUACACAGCAGUGAGAGUGAGGAGGAGGAAGAGGAAGAGGAGAGGCCUGAGCUGGAUGUUCAGAUCCCCAGUCUGAAUGAGGACAUCAGCAUCAGCGCUCAGCUCCAGGCUGCUUUGGCCAAGCUGCCUAACAAACCCCCUCCUGAGUACCCCGGUCCGCCUCGAACCCAGAGCAACGCUCAAAUCCGCACCCACACCAGCAAUCCCAACCACACCCACCCCACUCAAGGACCACAAAGUAGCAACCCUGGAGCAAUGGACCCUAACCAAGCCCUUGACCGGGCUCUUAAAACUGGACAGAGCUCAGGAGGUGGCGGGCCUGGAGGUGGAGGUGCUGGUGCUGGUGGGACAUUGACCCGAGGGGACCAGGGUGGGGUGAAUGGAUCAGUUUUAGGUCCUUCCAUUUCAGAACCGGACCUUACCAGUGUGAAGGAGAGAGUAAGGAAGGAACCGGUGAAAGAGAGGCCGGUGUCUGAGAUGUUCUCACUGGAGGACAGCAUUGUUGAGAGAGAGAUCGCUCAGAGGACGCUGGAACGACAGAAGAUGUCGGUGGACUCCAUGAAGAGGCCACUGAUGAUGGCCGCCCUCAAUGGCCUGUACGUGGCCCGGAUGCCCGUCCCUGAGAGUCCUGCAGAAGAUGGUGCCAAGUCUGCAACAGACGAGCGGUGUAAGACCUUGGAGUUGAAGCUAGAAGAGGAGCGGGUCUUCACCGAGUACGAGCAGGUUCCCAAGAAGAGGGCGGAUUGUGUUCUCACCACAGCGACUCUGCCCGAGAACACAGAGCGCAACCGUUUCCGUGACGUGGUCCCGUACGAGGAGAAUCGCGUGGAGCUCGUACCAAACAAGGAGAACAACACGGGCUACAUCAAUGCCUCGCAUAUUAAGGUGAUGAUCAGAGGGGAGGAGUGGCACUACAUAGCUACCCAGGGCCCACUAGCUAACACCUGCGCUGACUUCUGGCAGAUGGUCUGGGAACAGGGGGUCAACGUUAUCGCCAUGGUUACUGCUGAGGAGGAGGGCGGCAGGUCCAAGAGUCACCGCUACUGGCCCAAACUGGGCUCCAAACACAACUCAGCCACGCAUGGAAAAUUCAAGGUGACCACCAAAUUCCGCACCGACUCCGGCUGCUACGCCACCACGGGGUUAAAGGUCAAACACCUGCUGUCGGGCCAGGAGAGGACAGUCUGGCAUCUGCAGUACACUGACUGGCCUGAGCAGGGCUGUCCUGAAUAUGUCCAGGGAUUCCUAUCCUACCUAGAGGAGAUCCAGUCAGUAAGGAGACACACCAACUCCAUGCUGGACACCUCAAAGAGCCUCAACCCCCCUGUGGUGGUGCACUGUAGUGCAGGGGUCGGUCGCACCGGAGUGGUCAUCCUCACUGAGCUCAUGAUCAGCUGCCUGGAGCACAAUGAGCCAGUGGAGGUCCCCACCAUGUUGUCAGGGCUGAGGCAGCAGAGGAUGCUGAUGGUGCAGACCAUCAACCAGUACAAGUUUGUCUAUCAGGUCCUCAUUCAGUUCCUCAAGAACUCCCGCCUCAUUUAAGCUUGGAGUCUCGAUCUUUGACGUCACGCGAUGCAGAAGAGAACAACGGUACUUCACAUCAAUCACAGAGCUUGUUGGACGCAGAUUCAGAGGUUCAUGUUAAGGUGUGUUGCAGUUUAUAACUACCCGUAAGAAAGGGUAUGAUUCAUUUGGCCUGUAUACAAACUGACAGCCGUUUGUCUUCCUGUAUUCAGAUGUUUUUUUUUUUCCUGCUUGGGUUUUAUCCUCCUCGUGUUCGUCUGUCCUCUCAAGAUUUCUCGAGAUUUAUCUUAAGAAAUCAAACGUGAGCACCAGUUUGCUCCAUCUCUCAUUGAUUUUACAGCCAACUCGCUGAAUGGCAUUACGCUGCACUGAACAGUAGAUGGCAGCAGUGUUAAGACUAUUUUCUCCACUCUGAAAGAGUUUGCCAAACAAAAGUGUUCUUUAAACCAAUGUUUGAAAAGGUUCCUUUAAACAGAGUAUUAAUGAAAACAGCAAAUAUGAACGUGUUUUUAUUUAUUAAUAUCAAGAUUGAGGUCACAUUGUCAUCGAGCAGAGGAGCCCUGACAUUGAUCCCUGGUCCUUGGCCUGUUAUUUUAUGCUUUUUAUCUUUUAAUCUUAUCUCAAUGUUUCCUUUUUUUUUUUUUUCAAGUCUUCCUCUUUAAUGUCAUUUCAAAAAAGUCAGAUUUAUUUUCUAAUAAUUCAGUAUUUUUUUUAACCUCUUGCAUAUGCAACGGAGCAUUGUGUCCUCAAGCAGCAAAUACUGUUUUCAUUGUGCCUUAUUGAAAAAUUAAACAAGGAGGAAAGUAAAAUCUUUGUUUUUUUUACCUCCAAAGAUUUAAUCUUUCAUCAGUAUUUUAUAUUUUGUGUUUUGUUCUGAGAUCAAUAAUAACAUUUCAAAUCUUGACCUUGCUGUCCGGUGAGGAUUUGUCUGUAAGAUAACGCUGAUGUCUGUUUUUUUUUUGAAGGAUAAUAAAAAGAGACACAUCUGACUUUGCUUCUAAA